GAUAUUUCAAGCCUUGCUGCUUCUUUUACAACCAUAACUAGCAGACUCUGCAGCAUUUACAGUUAAAAAAAUACUUGGUUACUCUGUUUCUAACUGUAAGUAUUCCUUACUAUAGUUUUCUUCGUCUAUAUAGCAGCACAGUGGUCUGUUGCUCCUGUAUUUACAUGCAUUUUUCUGCCUGUGUUGAUUUAUUAUGACAUUCUUUCUUAUUUUCAUAGAGUGACAGGCAAGAUGGCUGGUGGAAACAUGACCCUGGACUCUGUUGCAGUUCCAUCAAACCAGAGCAGCUGUGAUGUGUUUGUAUACCAAAGAGCCGCAGUGGUCCUUUUCCCCAUUUUCUACUCUGUGGUAUUCAUCAUCAGCACAUGCGGCAACAGUUUGGUUCUCCGUGUCAUCUGCCAGAGAAAACAGAAGUUCAACUCCACCUCCAUUUAUCUGGUCAACCUUGCUUUAUCUGAUGCGCUGUUCACACUGGCACUUCCUGGGAGAAUUACCUACUACAUCCGUCACUUUGACUGGCCUUUUGGUGACCUUCUCUGCAAAGUGACCACACUUCUUUUCUUUACAAACACAUAUGCAGGUAUCGGCUUCAUGACCUGCAUCAGCUUGGACAGAUACCUGGCCAUGGUACAUCCACACCGGCUGCAGUGUUUAAGGAGUGUAAAGGUUGUUCGAAGGGUGUGCUGCCUGGUCUGGGCUCUAGUUUUUCUGGAGGUAGCGCCUCUGCUGUUCCGCAGCAUGCUGCAUGAGCAUCAGGGAAGACGAACCUGCAUGGAGUACUUCAACUUCGAGGGCUCCCGCUUCACUCCGUAUCUUCUGAUUCUGGCCUGCGUUGUGUCCUUCUGCUGCCCGCUUACCAUUAUCAUGUGCUGCUACGCCAAGAUCAACAUUAAACUGCGAGAUGCAGCUAAAAAGAACUCUGUAACUGGUCGCUCAAGGAGGAAUCACAGGGCCAACACUAUUAUUCUGCUCAUCCUCCUCACCUUCAUCGUAUGUUUUAGCCCUUAUCACGUCAAUGUCAUCCAGUUUAUGGCCAGAAAAAUACACCACCAGCCAACCUGUGAAGAACUGAGAGCCUUUAAAGUGUCUUUACAGAUUACCGUUUCGUUAAUGAACUUCAAUUGCUGCUUGGAUCCAGUCAUCUACUUUUUUGCCAUUAAGACAUACAAGAAGAGGGUGAUGAGCCUGUUUAAAGACUAUCUCUAUACUUCCGGCGCCUCCUCCAAAAUGACAGCUGAGAACAGCAGCAGCAACACCUGAGAAACCACAGCUGAUUCUGCAAGAUGCACAUAUAGAACAUAUGCCACAGACCUAUUUUCCCAUGCUAAACUAAAAAAGAAAGAAAAAGAAAAGGGCUUUAUUAUACGUAGUCUCUUCUGCUGAUGUGUUUUUUUAAAUCCCUUCCAUCUAAAAUAUAUAUCAAUUGUGUAUGGACACAUGCAGUGUAUGUGUCUUAAUUUAGCUGUAAAAAAAUGAACUAAAUCCUUGUUCUGCUGUUAGUGUUGCACCCAGUAUUUGUUUGUACUGUAUAUAUUGCCAAGUGGUUUUGUUGUUGUUGUUUUUGUUCAUAUGAUGGCCUUUUCUUUUCUUCUUUAUGUGUUUUCUUUAUUAUUAUUUUUUUUAGUUUAGUUUUUUAAUUAGUUUGAUUUUGUUUUUUGGUUACAAUGUGUAUUCAGUCUAGUAUCAACAGCGUCAUACAGUAAUCGUAAAAGGAAGUUACUCUAAUCCAUGUUUUCGUGGUAAAAGGGAUUUUGUAUAGUUAUGUAUUUGUACAUUGUUAAGAAAAUGUCCCAACCUAUGUGUUUGUUUCCAAACUCUUUCUGAAAAUACUGUGGUCAUUAACGCAACACGGAAGCAGCUUGUACUUCCUUUUUUUGUUAGAGAAGCACAUACCCAGCCAAGUCUUGGGUGAAAUUUUUCACUGUAAGAGGAACCAUUUGAGCAAAUUUGUAAAGCAUACGCUCCUGCUAUCAAAGAUGUUAUUCAUAUGAUCCCAGCAGUAUUACGUAUUUCACAAAAUGGAAGAACUGCGGGUAGGACAAAAUGAGAACAUGUCACACUUCUCUCUUUCAUACCCACAUCUGAGUUUUGUGUGGGAGUACGCAGAUGAAAAUCACCACUUCCUCACCCACCUUUCCUGCUCCCCUAUCAUAGGCCUCAUUCCUGCUGGGCUCCACAUCUUGUGGUGAGGGUACACUGUGUAUUUUAUGUGUGUAUGUGUGUGUGUUUGUGUGUGCGCUCCUUGCAAAUUUACGCAGGUGCACAUUGUCUGUUUAUAGCACAAAGUGUCAUAUUUAAAUUUAACCUUUCGCAUUUCCUGAGUUUUUCUGGAGAUGUUGCCCUUUAGUUUUACAUCGAAAACAAUGUGCAUAAACUAUUCUAUAAAGAAACAUUAAACUGC